UGCUAGCAUGCAGUCAACACCCUCGAAGUACCGCGGACAAGCGGUGUUUUGAAGAGGACGACCGAUCUCUACCUGGAGCACGGGAUGCUGUACCAGUGUUUGAUCAGCUCAGUCGUUUACACCGGCCGUACAGACGUCAACAACUCGCCAGUUCAGCGGCGGCAUCUCCACUGGCUGCAGAGUCAAGACUGAGUCUGGAGUGUUGGUGUCCGUAUGCAAGUUUGCAGACGGUGCGAUAUUCUGGAUGCCGGUGAUCUGGUGAUGCAGGUUGCCUCGCUGUAGUGUAGCGUAGAACGAGUCCGUUCUGCAGCCUGCAGAGCUGUCGUUUCCUCAGCUGGAAGAAGGACGAAGCGAGAAGCUGGCGUGAAUGCCAGUUCAAACAACUUCUUCCAGUCGGCUAUGGAUCCCAGACCGCUGCUGUGCUGGUUCAUAGCGGUUAUUUUCUCCUCAAAUACAGGUGUAGUUGCAUUACGCACAUAUAAGUAUCUCAAACUUCACAAUGGCAUUAGAGUUCUGCUUGUGUCAGAUCCCCAUGCAUCAAAAUCUGCUGCAUCCCUGGAUGUCGGAGUCGGCAGCUGGAGUGAUCCGGAAAACAUCCCCGGCCUUGCACAUUUCCUGGAGCACAUGCUUUUCUUAGGAACCAAAAAGUAUCCGGUUGAAGGUGAAUACCGGCGAUUCCUGUCCAAGCACGCGGGAAUCGAGAAUGCAUAUACAAUAUACGAGAAUACAAAUUUCUAUUUCUCCGCAAGUGGCAAGUUGGAUGUGUUUUCGGAAGCUUUUGAUAGGUUUGCACAGUUCUUUAUCGCUCCAACACUAAAUGCUGGCGCUGGGCAGCGCGAGAUGCAGGCAGUGGACUCCGAGUUCAGGAAACGCCUCAACAACGACUAUCUGCGAUUCAGACAGGUGCUCAUGACAACUGCAAACCCAGAACAUCCCUACCAUCGCUUUACGACAGGGACGAUUGACAGCCUCAACAUCACAGGCAUACAUCAGAAGCUUGUCACUUUCCACAAGACGUACUACUCUGCCAAUUUGAUGACACUGGCUGUUCUUGGCAAGGAGUCACUCAACACACUGGAGCGGCUAGUUCAAGACACGUUCAGCAGCGUACCCAAUCUGAAGCUGAAGCGGCCCACGUUCAACACGCCAGCGGCGUUUCCUGUGCCGGAAUUCACUGGCAUCAAGGUAUUGAUGGAGCCGCUCAGUGUUGUCAACACAGUCUACAUGUACUGGCCUCUACCUAGCUUGGACUCAAAGCAGCGAGAACGUCCAAUCUACUACAUUGCAUGGCUGCUGGGACACGAAGGGCGAGGUUCAGUGCUUAGUGAGCUGAAGAGUCGCCAGUGGGCAACAUCUGUCCUUGCCGGGCCUGGCUUGCAGACAACUAGUCAUUGGCUGAUGCAAGUCAGCCUCACUCUAACAGAUUCUGGACUAGCCAAUCUUGAUGAGGUCCUGUCCCUAGUCUUCCAAUACAUCCGUCUCAUUGAAGACAGAGGUGUUGAGAGCUGGAUAUACGAGGAACAACAGCGCCUGACACUCCUCAACUACCUGUACCAGCCCAAAGCCAGACCUGAUCUCUUCGUCAAGACGAUAUCUCGCAACAUGCAGGUGCUGUCGGACCCAAAGGACUUCCGCCUGCCACCGACACGUAACAAGUUCGACCCGAAGCUGAUCCGUAGCAUUCUGACACUCCUGACACCACAGCGACUGCUGUUGUUUGUCUCAAGUCCCCACUACUGGCAGCAGCCAAAGGAGCCCAUGCCGAAUCCUCUCAACAUAGCCAAACCAACACUGGACCAAGUCGAGAAGUGGUAUAAGACGAAAUUCCGAAAGGACAAGCUAUCAGCUGAGCUAGUAUCUAAGCUACAAACAGCUGCAGUAUCCGCAACCCUGGGCAUUCCUGCCAAAAAUCCAUUCGUCCCAGGCAAACUACGUGUAUUGGAUCACCCGGAGUGCACACCCAUCGACUCCUAUUCUUUCAUGUCACUGGUGGUGCAGAAGCAGCUGAGGCGACGAGAGACAGGCAACUGUAGGCGCAGUGUUGGGAAUUGUGGAGAGUGUACAUUUAGAUACCCUGAACGUCUCCUAAGCAAUGGUGGGUUCAGCCUGUGGUGGAAGCGGGAAAUGAACUUCCGCACUCCAAAGCUAUACGUGGACGUUUUACUUGGUCAUCCACGACUCUCUGGUAACGUGAAUGAGGCUGCAUCUGCACUGCUAUUCCGCCAUCUUCUCCUGUCCUAUCUGAACGACAAGAUCUAUCCGGCCAAACUGGCCGGCUUCAGCGUGCAAGUGACCACGUCGGUGGCGGGCGUACAGUUCUUGUUCUUUGGCUACAGUGAUGACACGGCGUAUAAGAAAUUCAUCUCAACUGUGUUCAGUGGACUUGUCGGCUACGAGACUCACACCAUGAAUGCAACCUGGUUUGCCAGUAGUCAGCGGCGUACUGCCGAAGGUGUGUCGGGAUUCGGUGCUACAGCACAGGUGUUCAAGCACGUCCGAACAGUGUAUGAAAAUCGCAUAAUGCAGAAGAUCUUCUACGAUCGGCAGAAGCUGGCUGAUGCAGUGGGCAAGCUCACGCCCGAAGGCGUCCGCAGUCACAUCAGCAAGGUGUUGAAGCACCUCUUUGUGUCCGUGCUGGUGUACGGAAAUGCCAACCAACAUGAGGCACAAGUGUAUGGCAAGCACGUCGUCCAGCAGCUACAAGCACAGGGUCUGCAGAAGCUGCUGCCACGUAAGGACACCCUGUACCAGCAGCGUCUUCACCUGUCACCGGGCAGCUAUGUUGGAUUCAGAGUGCAAGGUCCCAACCCGAGCGAUGUCAACUCGGGUGUAAACGUCAUGUAUCAGAUCGGCCCAGCAUGUGGCAGCAGUGGUGAUUGUGAGAAGGAGAAGCACUGUCAAGACAAGGACAUCAAAAACUUCAUCUUGUCACGCGCGUUGGCUUACUACAUGAAGGCGGCUUGUUUUGAGCAGCUGCGUACUAAGGAACAGUUGGGUUACAUUGUCUUCUGUUACCCGUACGAGAGCAAUGGCGUGGCGUCGGUUCACUUCAUUAUCCAGAGUGCCCAGUAUGAUCCGCAGUUUCUACUCCAGCGAGUGGAAGCGUUUGUCUCUGGCUUCACCAAGACGCUGAUGAACAAGAUCAGCAGCCGGGUACAGUGGCAUCAUGGUAUUCGUCUCGGCACGGCAGUGGCAAUCUCAAAUGGGCGAAAUAUGAAGUUCCGCAGCAAGAUGUACUGGCGGAAGAUCGUCGAAGGCAGCUGCAAGUUUGACCGCCGCCAGUUGGCCUUCCGUGCCAUGCAUGAGCUGCUGCAUAACCCACGCCGAAUGCUGGACUUCUACGAAAAGUUCUUCCUGAGCCGGAGUUCGAGACGCCUUCUGGCUGUGCAGUUGUAUGGCAAGGGGAAGCCAGUGUCCACUGUUGCGGCUCCUGGUCAGACAGUUGUCACGGAGGAUACAGUGGAAGCGUUCAAGUCACAAUCCUCAUUCUACGCGCCGGGAACGAACUGAAAAUCUCAUUUCAGCAUUUCACAUCCGUGUUGGACAUGUGCACCUAGCAUGGCAUCUAGCUGCGUGCAUUGCACUGACCACAGCAUGCAUGAGCAUGCACCAGGCAGAACAAAGAAAAGCAAUGUCCGAGUUGGGUUACAAAAGGACUUACACUUGCUACACAGAUUCAUACAUUUUACUCUAUCACAGCAUUAGCUAUCCAUUCGAUAAUUUCCGUUUUGCCACACACAUUCAAUCCGUACACGAUUGCUAUUAUUAUUAUUUAAUACAUCAGAUGGAACAGACCAUUAUCUCCCCUCCCUGUACAAAUUUCUCUACCACUAUUUUUCCAUCCAUUAUUAUAUCUGUGAAUUCCAUCCAGAAGUGUCCUGUACUAUUUUGUUGGGUACUUUUGGCAUCGAAUGAAGAAAGGUGUAUUCUGUUUCAUUUCAAUUCCCAGACAUAAACCUAAAAAUAUCAAUAUAAUAUCUUCUGACACCAUAA